AUGGCUCUCCCUCCUAAAUUCGCCGGGCAAAAGCUCCAAUUCGCCCACCCUCCCGCCUCAGACUCAGGCGUCGCCCACACAACUCACACCCUCGAGUUCUACCUCGACUACUGCUGUCCCUUCUCCGCCAAGAUCUUCCGCACCCUCCGUUCCGACGUGAUCCCCGCCAUCAAGGCCAACGAGCACUGGGCCUCGAGCCUCACCUUCAUCUUCCGCCAGCAGGUCCAGCCAUGGCACCCUUCGUCAACCCUGAUGCACGAGGCCGGCCUGGCAGUCCUGCGUCUCGCACCCGAGCGCUUCUGGGACUUUAGUGCAGCGCUGUUCGACGAGCAAAAGGCCUUUUUUGACGUAUCCGUCGUCAACGAGACCCGUAACGAUACUUAUCGUCGUCUGGCAAAGAUUGCGGCAAAAACGGGCGUUGAUGAGAAUAAAGUGUACGAGCUGCUUGUGAUUCCUGACAAGGCUGGGGAUGAUGGUGCGUUGAAUGCGGGGAAUCAGGUUACCAACGACCUCAAGGUUAUCACAAAGAUGAACCGUCUGGUUGGUGUGCAUGUUACGCCUACUGCUGUGUUUGACGGCGUGGUUCAGGAUGUUAGCUCUGGCUGGAACAAGGACCAGUGGGUUGAGUGGUUGCAAAAGAACGUUGUUUGA